AGUCAACAUGGCUGCGCCCAAGAAGACCACGGUGAAUUCCGAUUCAGACUCUGACAGCAGCGACAAUCGAGAGCGCUUCCGAGAAGCUGCCUGGAAUCCUCCGGGUGUAACAGCCCUAAAUAAGCAAGCUGAAAUAUCCCCAGCUGUCUCAAGUUCCCGGGUUAGGCCUGAUUGCCAUGAACAUGAUGGGAAUGAAUUACAGACAACUCCAGAAUUCCGCUCACAUGUUGCUAAGAAACUUGCUGCCAUGUUGGACAGCUGCAUAAAGGAAACACCUGGACAUGAAACCUUGCUGACAAAACCUGACAGCGCUGAUGAGGAUGAUGCAGGUUUUCGCCUCUUCGUCACGUCAGUUCCUGGGAACUGUGGGACAGUUACCUCAUCUGUUUGCACCAGACGCAAGGUGGCUUCUUCGUGCAGUGAAGACAGCGAGGAGGAAAAGCUGAGAUUCCAGGAGGCAGCAGUGUCAGCUGCUGACAUCCUUAAACAUAGUGCAAUAAUACCUGAGCAAAAGGACAAAUGUGAAACCCAAGCCAUUCAAAAGAAACGUAAGAAGAAGAAAAAGAAACAGAAGAGGGAGGCAGAGGAGGGUGAUGAAGAGGGAUUAAGUGAGGUUUUAACUUCUGAGUCUGGUAAGAAUGGACUGAGUGAGAAAAAGAAAAAGCGGAAGAAGCAUAAAGUGGAUUUGGAGCCAUGUGACCGAUCUGAGGAAGAUGAAUGACUCUCCUGGUACUGUGCAGUGAGACAACAAUGAUAGUAUAAAUCUCAUUAUGUUUUUUUAUAUGGAAACGGUCAAAACCGUUGCAAGUCUUAGUGGUGUCCUCUGCUACAAAAAAUGUCAUUUUCUUGCAUGGCUGCUUUGUGUGACCUGUGGCAACCAUGUCCGGCACCUUUCUGUCCAUGUGCAACUGUCCUCUCCCACCAAAGAGUCCAAGCUCAACCAAGAGCCUCCAGUUCUUGACUUAAACGCUCACAGGGUUCUCCCACCAUAUGAGGUUAGGCAGGAAACAUCCAUGGACCUGGAGUCUAUGGAACUAUCAAUGAUAAAAUUGCACAGACAUUUGUGUCACUGUGAGGAAGGUGCCAUCUGGGUGGAGAUAUAACUGUCAAUGGUGCUGUGUGCGGGGGACAGGAGGUGAUUGUGAUUUUCUGGGGUGCUGGAAUUGUGGUAAUGUACCAAGCUGGCUGAGGACACUGUGGGAAUAAAAUAAAAAUGGUCAGGUUCUUUUUUUUUUUUUUUUUUCUGUUGCCCUUCUGCCACUCUGAGCUUUAUCAUGCAAACAUCCAACACCACAAACUGUUAUUUUGUUUAUUAAAAAGCUUGCAUAUCCUUUUA